UUUCAGCGUUUGGUGUGCGAAAGUUCUCUCAGUUCGAAAGCCUCUUUGAUGCGAAAAGAGUUAAGCAAUAAAGCUUGUUAGAAAGUUAUCAAGUCCUUAAAAGACUUGGCAAGAUUUGGAAAGAAAGAUGGCAGUGCUUGGAAGGAUUUCGGUCUUAAUCUCGUUUUUGGCAUUUUUACCAGCGUGUUCGGCGUCCCAAUUUCACAACAGUUUUUGUACAAAUAACUCGCUGGUUGACACACGGACAAAACCUGAAGGAAACAUCGUUUUCCCGUUGACGACUUUGAACUAUACUGCCAAUCGGUGUAACGUUCUGAUACGCUCUCCUUUCGACGACAAAACAGAACUUACUUUGGUGAAUUUACGGCGAAAACAAUCCAAUGAACAAUGCGCCAAUGAAAAUUCUAUUGAAAUUGUCACCGAACUUCUUAACGGCGAAAGUUGGCAUGAAUUCUGUAAAAGUGUAGGCAGUAAGGAAACCAUUAUACUAAAAUCAACUAUUAAGAUGAUAUAUAGAGCUCCAUUUCGAAACGAAAUAAGGGUAAAAAGUACAGAAAAUGCUAUUAGCGUUCAUUACAAAAGACUUCAGUCAACAAAAGCUUGCCGACAUGUGUUAAAAGCCAAAAGCGGUGUUUUUCAGAACUCUGGUUACCCCAAAUACCCCCAACAAGGAGAUUGUGAGUGGGUAAUUGACACAGGCAAAGGAGAAGGAAUCUCACUUGAAUUUAAAAUUCUACACGCUCACCGUUUAAACUGUGAUAACAAUUUCAUUGAAGUUCGGCAAGAGGACAGCAUUGAAUCACCAGAAUUGGUGAAAAUUUGCAGUCCUCAGAAUAUGGAAAAGAAAUUCUCAUCGACUAAAUUGUGGAUACACAUUAAGUCAUCUUCAACUAAUGGUAUUGGUUUCCAGGCAAUUUAUAACACAGAGACUUGUGAGGUUAUUACUGCUAACAAACAAUUAGAUUUUCAAUCACAGGAAACAUCAUGCCAGACUUGGAACUUAACUGCGCCAUCUGGACACAUUGCAGCGUUAUCAUUUUCAAAUAUUAACUUAGUAAGUGCAGACAGUGUGUCGUGUAUGGGCAAUGUUCUAGAAGUCUGGGAUGGCGAGACGACAACUUCAUACUGUAAUUUAAAACUUCCUCCUCCGAUAAUCAUGUCGAAAGGUAGAAAACUAGUUGUUACGUAUCGCACAAUGAAUUCUAAAUAUGGUAUGGCUAGCAGUUUUCAAGCAAGUUUCACUUCAAUAUUUCCAAGCAGUUACAAAACGAACUGUUUUGUCCGAGAAAGGGAACUGAGUUUUGAAUGCAAUAACAAACAAGUUAUCCCAUGUGCGUGGCAGUGCGAUGGCGCCAUGCAGUGCUCGGACAACAGUGACGAAACCCCAUGCUCCGACAUGCAAGAGAGGUGGCAUAAACUUCAAGUAUUUGUCAUUGUUAUUGGCUCCAUAUGUGCAUCAACAGUUAUGUUCUGUAUUGGGUUGAUCUGUUUCAGAAGGUGUCUUAUACACAAUGAACCAACAACAAGACGUGACCGGCAUUUGAGUGUUACUGACCAAUCACCGCUAACCCCAAAUGCAGACCUACCCAGCCCACCACCUUGUUACUUCACAGAUCGAGACGAUGAACCCCCAGCUUCGGUUAUCCGAGGGACAUACUUCUUUGGUGAUGAAUUCUCCCAAAGUGGUAUCCACAGUGCAUCAUUGUUCGGAAUCCCACCUCCAAGGUACCGUUCAACUGAUUCCCUUCAUCAGUCUAAUACUGAAACCAGAAGUAUAUGGCAGAGGGGGAUGUCAAGUAUUCCACUUGUACCGACAGAUACUUCCAGGGGUACCGAAAUUAUUCCCCUCCCUGAAGAAAACCCCCCAGAUUAUGAAAGCAUUUCGGCUGAUAAAGACGAACAAAUUAUUGUUGCAGCUCAGAACAAUCAGAUGACGGCUGAAAAUGCUUCAUGUGCACAAGAAAACCCUGAAAGCUCAUCAAAUGAAUGUUUUGUGAAUGACAAUGGCCUCAACACUGAAAUGGAUAUCGAACUUCAAACACAUGUGACAAACGCUUCGGACAUUGAUAUUGGUAUAACGAAUGCUGGUGCAAUGUUGAAGGUAUAAAGAAACUACAUGCACUUUGUUACAGAGUAGGUGUUCUACCAGAUUUGUAACUGACUAAAAAAUUGAAAUUGCCCCAAAUUAAGGAUGGCAAUUAUUAAGGUUGACAGGUGAAAAGUGAAAUAGUUUUUCUCAAGCUAGGCUAGUUUUCCAUUUGUUGAGAUUCCACCUGAUAUUAUGUAUUUAUAUAUAAUUGUUGUGGUUCAUAUAUAUCUGCAUGAGAACAAGGCUAGCUUUGCAUGCCGAGCUCCUGUUUAACCAAGGCUUUAGAAAGGUGAUGACCUGAAGUCAGAUAUCUGGUAGAAUAUAAAAACUCUGUUCCAGUUUAUACAGACGUACAGAAUAUACCACCUUUUUCAUACUUCAUAUAAACAUGUUUAAAUUAUUUUCAUAUAUGGUAGCAAUAAUAUAACUUUCAUAAAUUUCAUAUUUUGGUAAUUUAUUUCCACAUUGUUACCAUUUUGCACUGCCCAAAAAACAUGAUUCCAAAAAAUGUACAUUUUCGAAGACAUUGUUUCAUUAUUAAUAUAAUCAUGAUGAUGUAUCCUUUGUAAUAUAAAUAUAAAUAUAAUGUAUAUAAAAAAUGUAAGUAUUGAUAAUAUUUAUAUAGAUAUAAUCAAUUUAUUUGUAUGAUUAAAUAUAUUUGUUUGCUGCAGUAUCUUGUGAUAAACGUUUUCAAGUUGGAUGACUGUUUUUCUCAGGAAAACGCCUAUCUUAUUAACAAACACAUCAAGCCACAAUGUACUUGUUAUUUUACUUUGUCCAACGCCAGACGAUUUUACUCACAAUAAGUCUUAAAUUUUGGCACAAUGUUUCAAAAUUGCAACAAUUGACCAUUUGCGUAAUAGACUAAAUUUUGAUAUAAACAAGUCUAGACAAAAAUUUCAUCACAG